GAUUGAAAAGGCCAGAACAUGAGAUUCCUCUUCUGCACAGAAAAUCUAUUGUAAAAACGCUUGGCCAGGAGGCAAUUCAAGAAGCAAAGAUUCUGUUUGUAUCUGAGGGAGAAAAUGAAGAGACUUCUGCAAGGCCAAGUAAAUGAGAUCUCAGUGAGUCAGAGUCACCAGCUUUCCCCAGUAGAAAUUGAAACAGACGUGUUUGUUUGUGGGAUAAAGAGGAAAUCCACAAGCACUGAAUUUUCUACGAUUGGAGUGGGCUUUGCUCAGGACAGGAGAAAUGGUUCUGGGGAGGUGAGCGACAUCUGUGUCGGUGAGGUGGAACUUAACUGGGAUGGCUGUGUAAAAAUACCAUGCUCAGUUCAACGGAAUCAGCAAGACUUAGAGGGAAUAUCAUCUGAGGGUACUAUGCAGCCUAUUUGCCAGAGCAAGGGUGUAAUGUCUGAGGGGCAGGACCUUUCUACCCUUAGUAUUACCAUGAGCUGGAGAGAGAGCACUGAGAAUGAAAACAAGCUUCCAGCAUACAACAGUAACAGCCUUCCCCCGAGAGACCAUUCUGCAGAUGUGAUUGAGUACAUUGUUAAAGAGCUACAGGGGAUAAGUCGCAUCCAGACAGAGAUUGCAGAACUCCGGCAACACCUCACCUUGAUAAAAGGCUCAGUGGAUGAAGUGUCCAGCUGUGUAGACACGGUCUUGAGUGAGAUAGAAGGCUUACAGAGUGGUUCCACUGCCAAAACGUCUCAUGUCGCACACACCAGGGAGUCCUACAGAGCUGUACGCAAGGAAGAACCAGUGUUAUACUUUUAUGGUAUCCCAGAACAAGAUGGUGAAAACACUAUGGAGCUCAUUUGCAGCUUCCUGUCUGAGUACUACUGCUUCAAUGGUAUUCAGUGUAGUAAGUACAUAAAAGAUGCUUAUAGGUCAAAUGCAACUCCAGGCAAACAAUUAGUACCAAGACCAGCAAUUGUGAAACUUGCAAACCCUGAACAAAGAGAUUUCAUUUUACAGAAGUCUAUUCUCAUGCAAAGCACGGGGGUCAGGAUUGUUGCUAGCGAAGAGCAAAACCAACAGACUGGCCAAAGGGACUGCCGAGCAGAUCCACUCUCAUUACUGCAGUCUGGCCUCAAGAAAAAUCACUGGAGCUCUCUGAACUGUGAUGAAGAGGCCCAAAGAACUGGUGACGAUGGGCACCUUGAAACUGAAUCUUACCAGGUUAGGUACAAAAACACAAGUAGAAAAACACAGGGUCUAGGGGAGAGAGUUGGUUUUACACAAAGGUCAACCUUAGCUAAGAAAAGUAACUUGAUCUCUGAACUCGAGGUGAAAAUGGGGCAAGUAUCGCAAAUUAUAAACAACUGUAGUGAGCAAACUUCACAAAAGAGUGACUCUCCUCUGCCUGUCCUCCAUGUUUCCCACACACCUCAGCAAACUCUUCAGGUGACUCGUUUGUCCAAAACAGAUGAAGGACAUUCCUGCCACUCCCCAGAGACCUCGGAUCAUGCCAGCCAUAUACACGCUUUAUGUGGUGGAGGAGGACUUGGGCUUGACACUGAAAUUGUGACUAAGAACUGCUCUUCCCCUUUAGAGGAGGAUAAAGCUGAGGGAAUAACUACGGGAGAAAAUGAAAUGGAAUGUAACACCAUGCUUCAGUUCCUCAGUACAGAGCAAAUAAAUCUUCUCUUGGAAGAUCAGUCUACGGGUGCUACAACUGUAAGCAGUGUUCACACAGCAGAUAAACUAGCUGAUAGCAGUGAUACUCUGAAAGAUAUGGUCCAAAUAGAUCUGAAUGACCAAGAUCAAACUGACCAGGUCUUUAGGGAUGUGUUAGAAAAUUCCCAGUAUUUUCUUGACCAUUCCCAGGAUAACAUUGAUCUUGUGGACAUGAAGUUUUAUACUAACAAACUUGGGAAAGCUAUUCAUCAUUUUAGAUCUGCUCUACAGGUGGUGUUUCACAAGCUGGAGACCAGUGACUCUGAAGUCCUCCUGGAAAAUGAUACCAGCUUCCAAAUGGAACAUGAUGGCAGACUUGCGCUGAGUGGUGCAGGUGUCUGUGGUAGCUCUGAUAACUUUACAGAAAGCCCCCCCAGUCAGUCUUCCGAGAGCCAGGCCAACACAUCUGCGAACAGUGAAGCAGUUCAAAUGCAAUUUGUUCCUUCCAGGCUUCCACCUGCCCCUCAUGAGUCUCCUGUCCCUAGUUUGGUGUUGAGUUCUGACUCAGAGAUUUAUGCUGGACAGUCCCUACCUUCUGGUGAGAUGGUGACAGAUGCUAGUUCUCUACCUGAGCAAACAAAGGAGUACAGACCCAUGAGCCUUGAAAAGGUGUGUGCAGAGACUAUCUACCUGAACAAGUGCAUCAAUAACUUCAAAAAUGUGCUGAGGGAAAAAAGACAAGUGCGUAGGAGACUUUUAAAGGACCUAGCGCAGGAAGCAAGCUUGGUUUCGACCGAUGAAAUGAAUUCAGAAGGAAGUAGAGGAGAACUUCAGGGUCAAGAUGAUGGAGAUCCAUCAAAACCACCUUGGUUCAAAGAAGGGCCUGCAGGUGGUCUCUAUGGCAUUGACAGCAUGCCUGAUCUACGUAAAAAGAAACCAAUUCCACUUGUCAGUGAUUUGGCUAUGUCACUGGUUCAAUCCAGGAAGGCUGGAAUUACCUCAGCAAUGGCCACUAGAACUUCUCUUAAGGAUGAGGAGCUGAAAUCUCAUGUAUAUAAGAAGACCCUGCAAGCCUUAAUUUAUCCUAUCUCCUGCACAACCCCUCACAAUUUUGAGGUGUGGACAGCUACAACCCCUACGUAUUGCUACGAGUGUGAAGGGCUCCUAUGGGGCAUUGCAAGGCAGGGUAUGCGCUGCACUGAAUGUGGGGUCAAAUGUCAUGAGAAGUGCCAAGACCUGCUCAAUGCUGAUUGCUUACAGAGAGCAGCAGAGAAGAGCUCUAAACAUGGAGCAGAGGAUCGGACCCAGAACAUCAUCAUGGCCAUGAAGGAUCGCAUGAAGAUUCGGGAACGGAACAAGCCAGAAAUCUUUGACUUGAUCAGAGAUGUUUUUAGUGAGAGCAAAUUAACACAUGCUCAGCAAAUGAAGACAGUGAAACAGAGCGUGCUUGAUGGCACCUCCAAAUGGUCAGCUAAAAUCACUAUCACCGUGGUUUGUGCUCAGGGUCUGCAGGCCAAGGACAAAACUGGAUCCAGUGAUCCAUAUGUGACGGUUCAAGUUGGCAAAACAAAGAAGAGAACUAAAACAAUUUUUGGGAAUCUGAACCCUGUUUGGGAGGAGAAAUUCCACUUUGAGUGCCAUAACUCUUCGGAUCGGAUCAAAGUGCGCGUCUGGGAUGAGGAUGAUGACAUUAAGUCUCGUGUCAAGCAGAGGCUGAAACGUGAGUCGGACGAUUUCUUGGGGCAGACCAUCAUCGAAGUCCGCACACUGAGUGGAGAGAUGGAUGUAUGGUACAAUCUUGAGAAAAGAACAGAUAAAUCUGCUGUAUCUGGUGCUAUACGCUUGCAAAUCAAUGUGGAAAUAAAAGGCGAAGAGAAGGUGGCUCCGUAUCAUAUUCAGUACACGUGCCUUCAUGAAAACCUCUUCCACUAUCUCACAGACAUUCAAGGGAGCGGGGUGGUGAAGAUCCCUGAUGCCAAAGGAGAUGAUGCCUGGAAGGUGUAUUUUGAUGAGACAGCCCAAGAGAUAGUGGAUGAAUUUGCAAUGCGUUAUGGUAUAGAAACAAUAUACCAGGCUAUGACGCACUUUGCAUGUCUGUCCUCCAAGUACAUGUGUCCAGGAGUGCCAGCUGUGAUGAGCACCUUACUGGCCAAUAUCAAUGCCUACUACGCGCACACUACUGCAUCCACAAACGUGUCUGCUUCUGACCGCUUUGCAGCCUCAAACUUUGGGAAAGAAAGGUUUGUUAAACUGCUGGACCAGCUGCACAAUUCACUCCGUAUUGACCUCUCCAUGUAUAGGAACAAUUUCCCAGCCAGCAGCCCUGAGCGGUUACAGGACUUGAAAUCCACCGUGGACUUGCUGACCAGCAUCACGUUUUUCAGAAUGAAGGUUCAAGAACUACAGAGCCCACCUCGAGCCAGCCAAGUAGUGAAGGACUGUGUGAAGGCCUGUCUCAACUCAACCUAUGAAUACAUCUUCAACAAUUGCCAUGAACUGUAUAGUCGCGAGUACCAGACAGAUCCCAACAAAAAUCAGGACCUUCCUCCUGAGGAGCAAGGCCCCAGCAUCAGGAACUUGGAUUUCUGGCCUAAACUCAUCACUCUGAUAGUUUCCAUUAUAGAAGAGGAUAAAAAUUCAUAUACCCCUGUCUUGAACCAGUUUCCUCAGGAACUCACUGUUGGGAAGGUCAGUGCUGAAGUCAUGUGGAACCUUUUUGCCCAGGAUAUGAAAUAUGCCAUGGAAGACCAUGAGAAGCACAGACUAUGUAAAAGUGCAGACUAUAUGAAUUUGCACUUCAAAGUGAAAUGGCUGUACAACGAGUAUGUUCGCGAUCUGCCUGCCUUCAAGGGGAAAGUGCCCGACUAUCCAGCAUGGUUUGAGCAAUUUGUGAUGCAGUGGCUGGAUGAGAAUGAAGAUGUUUCCCUGGAAUUCCUGCAUGGAGCCCUGGAGAGAGAUAAGAAAGAUGGGUUCCAGCAAACAUCUGAGCAUGCUCUAUUCUCCUGCUCGGUGGUGGAUGUCUUCACACAGCUCAAUCAGAGCUUUGAGAUCAUUAAGAAGCUGGAGUGUCCAGACCCUGAGAUUGUUGCUCACUAUAUGAGGAGGUUUGCUAAGACAAUUGGGAAAGUGCUGAUGCAGUACGCUGACAUUCUCUCCAAGUGUUUCCAGUCCUACUGCUCCAAGGAGAAACUACCCUGCAUCCUGAUGAACAACAUUCAGCAGCUGAGAGUGCAGCUCGAGAAGAUGUUUGAGGCCAUGGGUGCUAAGGAGCUGGACCCAGAAGCAAGUGACAAUCUCAAAGAGCUCCAAGUGAAACUGAACAAUGUUUUGGAUGAGCUCAGUGUUGUGUUUGGUAACAGCUUUCAGAGCCGUAUUGAUGAGUGUGUCAAGCAGAUGUCAGAUAUACUCUGUCAAGUGAAAGGGACAGGAAAUAUUCCUGCAAAUGCCAGGAACACGGUGGCGCAAGACGCGGACAAUGUCCUGAGGCCAUUAAUGGACUUCCUGGAUGGAAACCUGACUCUCUUUGCCACGGUGUGUGAAAAGACCGUGCUGAAACGGGUGCUGAAGGAGCUCUGGAGGGUGGUGAUGAAUACCAUGGAGAAGCUCAUUGUGCUGCCUCCACUCACAGACCACACGGGUACGCAGUUGAUUUUCAGUGCUGCUAAGGAACUGGGACACUUGUCAAAGUUGAAGGAUCACAUGGUGAAGGAAGAAACUAGAAGUCUCACUCCAAAGCAGUGUGCGGUUCUGGACCUGGCUCUGGAUACGAUCAAACAAUAUUUCCAUGCUGGUGGGAACGGUCUAAAGAAAACCUUCUUGGAGAAGAGCCCAGCCCUGCAGUCGCUCCGCUAUGCGCUGUCCCUCUACACUCAGACCACAGACACUCUCAUCAAAACCUUUGUCCAGACACAGACAGCUCAGGGUUCUGGAGUGGAUGAUCCAGUGGGUGACGUGUCCAUACAGAUCGACCUGUAUACGCACCCAGGAACUGGUGAACACAAGGUCACAGUGAAAGUUGUGGCAGCCAAUGACCUGAAAUGGCAAACAUCCGGCAUGUUCCGCCCGUUCGUUGAAGUCACUAUGAUUGGACCUCAUCAAAGUGACAAGAAAAGAAAGUUCACAACCAAAUCAAAGAGCAACAACUGGGCACCCAAAUACAACGAAACCUUUCACUUCAUAUUGGGGAAUGAAGACGGCCCAGAUGCCUAUGAGCUCCAAGUCUGUGUGAAGGAUUACUGCUUUGCUCGGGAAGAUCGAGUCCUGGGGAUAGCUGUGAUGCAGCUCAGAGAUAUUGCGGACAAAGGAAGCUGUGCUUGCUGGUGCCCACUAGGGCGUAGGAUUCACAUGGACGAGACGGGGCUCACGGUCCUGAGGAUUCUUUCUCAACGAACCAAUGACGAAGUGGCCAGAGAGUUUGUAAAGUUGAAAUCGGAGUCCCGCUCCACGGAAGAAGGCACCUGAGCUGAGCUCUGAACAUUCCUUCUCUCGUUUUCCUUGUGCCAAUAUGUGCAAGUGUUCAACCAUUUUCUUUUACUAAUUACAAAAGGUUUUUCAGUUAGUCGGUGUUAGCUCCAAUAGCACACGUGCCGUACCGGAAACAAAUCCACCAAUCGGAUGUGAAUUAUUUAUUGUUUAGUGUCUGGGUAAGGCAUCCUAGAGAAUGAGACACACACUUUUAUUUAAGAUACAAAUUGUGCUUUGUACAAAAUGGUUUUCUCUCUGGGCUGGGCACACUGGGUGGUGUGGAGAUGGAGCACUGUGAUUUGAUCCUCUGGAAUUGGCAGACAUGAAAUGUCUUCAGAAUCAAACAUGAAGCAAACCACUCAGACAUGUUGGGAGGAGAACAAUACUUUUGGCUGUUGGAAAAGCGCAGUUGUUCCCCUUACUGUAGAGCUGCCAAAGGAUGUUCUUGUGGCGAUAAUGCCAGUACAUGCCAACAUGGCACGCGGGCACAUCAGCAUCAACUUAAAAAAUGCUGCAUGUUUUUUAGACUAUGCAGCUAGAAUGAAGUAUGACCAAGAUGGUGCUGUCAUGAGCGGAGUCAGGACAAGCAAGUCAAAAGCCCAGGUGCCCCAAGCCUUUGCCCAAUUGAGAGUUGCAAAGACAGCUAACCAAGAGUAGACCACAGCUGAGCACGCUGUCACUAGUUGGUGCAGCCAUAUCGCUGUGAACUGAGGGCUGUUGCAGGCUGCUAGAUUCCACGAGCCAUACUCUGGGCACCUCUGACCCAGGGAACAAGCACUAUGGUGAUGACAAAUUAAAUGGCUGCUGUAUGUUGUUUUUAACUUCAGCGCUGUGCUAUUACUAGGUUUUUGACAUGUAGCAAACACAGGGUUUGGGUCUGAGUUGGUGGUUCAAUAUUUACAAGAUUUCAACGGCAUUUGUUUCCAUGGAGUAGUUGAGGAUUCCUUGCUCUGUACCCUGAUGCAAUGGCCUGUCUGGGGCAGACACAGCAUGUGCUCAUCAGAAAGAACUCUGUCCAGUCGCACAGGUUGGGGAGGGAGAGGGACUCUUCUCUCUUGAUCACGAGGUUGCUGUUGGCCGUGCAGAGGAUGGUUUGCAUAAGUAUGACUGUUGGUCAUUCUGUGAAUUCAUGUCACCCUGGGAAAUAUUUUUGCACUAGAUAAAAGGAGUGUCCAAUUUGUUUCUUGUAAAAUGAGAAGUCUUGAGCAAAGAUGAUUACGGGGAGGAUUGGCUUCCAUCAGGAUUGGCUUUUAACAUAUUUCUUAGGUUGGGAGACAAAGAUUAGGAUUUGUACUUGAGACUUCUUUUCCUUCCUGUUUGCAGCCAAGUGAGCACUGUCACACUCUGAAAAUGGAAGGUGGAACAAGCCAGUCCUGGCACAUAAUGUACUGUAACACUGUCAAUAACUGUCAAGGACUACAUAUUGGGUGAUUCCUUUUGUAUUUUAUUUUCUAUUUUUCUCUGACAUUUGUACAGCUGUAUGAUAUGAAUCUUGUACUUCACAGGCCUGCUUGUAGAGAUCUCAGAGACUGCAUACCUGCUUUGUUAUUGUCUAUAGCUGUAUUAUAAUAAUGAUCUUCAAAACUCCAAGCGAUUGUUAUGGUUUUUAAUCAUUGUGCCAUUGUUUUAGGAAAUGAUGAUAGUACAGUCUUUAAUAAAUUAACUUUUAGCAGCGGUCA